GAGGUCGCUGAUUGGUUGAUUCGAGGCCCGUAACGUGGUCGUCAGUGAAAGCAAGCAUGAUAUUCGUCGAAGAGCUUUCACAGAACCAUCUCUGGCAWAUUCACUAACAAGGAAUUUUGACUCGACUUUAUUUCCUUCCGCGGGCUUUGUAAACUGCAUGUUGUUUAGGUGAGCGAACAAAGACUUCACUACAGUUCAACAAGUACGUUGCUUUUGAUGGCCUGUCAGCGAAAGGCAAAGCCAAUGACAAUUUAAAAAUGAGUAUAUGUUAAUAUUAGGUCUUGUUGAAGCAUUGUGGAGGGACUAGAAGCGCUAACGAUCUUUGGAAGUUCGUUUGAGCGCUCGGGAACCGGCGAGUGUAAUCUGCCAUGGCAGAUCCGUACUUGGGGAUGUUUGAUUCGGGAAGUUCUCCAGUAGAGGACAUGACUGCCUUACAAGGUUCUACUUACGGAUCUUUCGGGAAUCAGACCUCUCAGUCUUCAGAAAGAAUGCAACAUGGUGGAUCGUUUUCUUCUUUUCCUAACCAAAGUCAAGGAUCGACGGAGGGUAAUCAACAGGCACAGCUUCAACACUUCGUGGACCCUUCAGCCAUGUCCGCCACACAAGGUGGAUUUAUUCAGUCUUCGCAAAAAUUGCAACAUUUCAAUGAUCCGUUGCUUUCUUCAUCACCUGGUCAACCUUAUUCGGCAAUGCAGGGAGAACAACAGCAACAAUUUACUCAAUUAACGGCUCGUCCCGCACAGCAGUUUGGCCCUCGGCCAUCACAGAUGAACGUAGCAUGGCGUGGACCUCAACAACCUUCACCUUCAACGUACCCCUUCAUGGACCAAACACGGCCUCCUUCGUCAAUGCAACAAGGACAGUUCAGAGGGAUGUUUGAGUAUGGCUAUCCCCGAGCCAAUUCUCCUCGUCUUCAACAUUUUGCCGAUCAGCAAGGUUUAAAUAAUGUCAACAUGUCUUCUGUGUCACAGGCAUCUCGACUCGGACAGCAGCAAGUGCCGUCACCGAACUCAAACUUGGGGUUCUCGACACCUUCUCCUGAACGUUCUAGCUCUAAACAACAGCAACAGGAAAGUCCACAGUCUCAAUUAAGACAUUAUCCCAACAUGAUGGACUUGAAGCAACAACAAGAAGUUCCAGGCCAAAGUGGUAUGCCAAACCAUCCCUCCUCUGUUUCAGGUGUCAAAGAUGGGGUACAAGGAAAACCUGGACAAACCUUCCCAUCAUUUUAUGGGAUGAAAAGUAAUAAUAUGUCCAUGCAACGAGGCUCACCAGGGAAUAGUAAUAUGGAUCCUUCGAUGUAUAAUUCUUUUAAUAAUCCGCAGAUGCAGGGGAUGGAUAGAUUUAUGGGAAUGGAGGGUAAUACGGACCAGAUGGCACAGGGACCAGGAUAUCAGUAUCCUCCGGGGUACAGGAUGUCAGGUCCACAAGACAUGUCACAAUUAAAGACUUCUUCGCUAUUAAUGCAGAUGCAAAGACACCAACAACAGAUUCAACAGUUGCGGGACCUACCCCAACAGCCUCAGGUACAAGCACAGAUACAACAACUACAGCAUCAGUUCCAGCAACUGUGCCAUGUCUAUAUGAUGCAGCAGCAACGCUUACAGCAAAACUAUCAAAUGCAAUCUCAGAAUCAAAUGAAUUUCAUGCGGCAGCAACAACAAGAUAAAGCUAAUAGAAUAGCAGUAGAAGCCAUGGCUAAGUCUGCAUUUCAGAAUGAGACUGGUGCUAUGAUGCCACAGUUUCCUUCAUUUCCUUCUCAACAAAGAACAAAGCCUGUUAAAGGUAACAAUUCUAAGCCAGCAGAAAGGAAAACUUCUCAGAAAUCCUCAGAGCCUAUUCAGCUGGGACCUUCUAUCGUAAAUAAGCCAGUAUCAAGAAUGUCCAGACCCCCAGCUACCGUGUUGUCAAAGCCAUCGCCAUUGAAAAACAAAAAAGAGGACUCAGAUUGUGAACCAUCACCACCAUCAUCACCAAGUUAUGGUUACGAAGAUGAACAAGGUUCAAGUAUUACGCGGAGGUCCUUACGUGAAAGGAAAAAGAAGACUUACAAGGACGACUUUGAUUAUAACUUGUCUGACGAUGAUGGAGGUGAUAGAGAAAAGAAUGUGAAAGGUCAGCCAGCCCCUAUACCAGAUGUUGUUGGAGAAAGAGCUCCUCCGCCAGUUGUGGAAGAGUUUGAAGAAACAAUGAUAGUAGAAAAAAUUUUAGCUAAGAGACUUAGAGAAGUCAAGGGAGUUGAUGGCCAAGAAGGCACGCAAGUGGAAGAAUUUUUAGUCAAAUACAAAAAUUAUUCUUACUUACAUGCGGAAUGGGCUACAGUUGAGAAGCUGGCUAGGGCUGAUAAACGAAUUCAGAUGAAAAUCAAACGAUUCAAGAUAAAACAGCAGAAUAUGUCUCCUUUUUUUCAAGAGAUGGAAGAAGAACCAUUCAACCCAGAUUAUGUGGAAGUUGACAGAGUACUGGAUGUAUCUACUGGCGUGGAUCAACAUUCAGGAGAGCCAGUAACACAUUUUUUGGUAAAAUGGCGUUCCCUUCCUUAUGAGGAAAGUACCUGGGAGAUUGAGGCUGAUGUUGAUGAAUCCAAAAUACAAGCAUUCUAUGAUCUACAGGAAUUGCCACCAAUGCAUUUGAGACAGUUUCGUCCUCGUCCACACCCACAUGAGUGGAUAAGGCUAGAGGCUUCUCCUGUCUAUAAAGAAAGCAACACUUUGAGAGAGUACCAGUUGGAGGGAGUCAACUGGCUGUCAUUCUGUUGGUGUAACAGACAAAAUUCUAUCCUUGCUGAUGAGAUGGGUUUGGGCAAAACUAUUCAGUCCAUAGCUUUCUGCUGUGAGAUGCAGAGAUUUGGUAUACGUGGCCCAUUGCUAGUAAUAGCUCCAUUAUCAACGAUAUCUAACUGGCAAAGAGAGUUUGAAUCUUGGAGUGAAAUGAAUGUUGUAGUCUAUCAUGGAAGUGCUUCAAGUAGACACUUGAUCCAAGAGUAUGAGUUCUAUUACAGAGAGGAACAUGGUCAUCCUGUACCUGGAAUUUUCAAAUUUAAUGUCCUUGUAACAACAUAUGAAAUUAUAAUAGCUGAUAACAUUCAGUUGAGUACUGUACCAUGGAGAGCUGUUAUCAUAGAUGAAGCACAUCGAUUAAAGAACAGGAACUGUAAGCUGUUGGAAGGACUAAACAACUUGAAAAUGGAACACAGAAUACUCUUGACAGGAACCCCUCUACAAAACAAUGUAGAUGAACUGUUCAGCUUACUCAACUUCCUAGAGCCAGCUCAGUUUCCUUGUCAAGAAGCUUUCUUGAUGGAGUUUGGCAACUUGAGAACUGAGGGACAAGUAGAAAAACUCAAACAGCUGUUGAAGCCAAUGAUGUUAAGAAGAUUGAAGGAAGAUGUUGAGAAGAACAUUGCACCAAAAGAGGAGACCAUCAUUGAGGUUGAACUGACAACCGUGCAAAAGAAAUUUUACAGAGCCAUCAUCGAACGAAACUUUGCCUUCUUGUCCAGAGGUGCAGGCUCUACAGCCAAUGUCCCAAACCUUAUGAAUACCAUGAUGGAACUGAGAAAGUGUUGCAAUCAUCCUUUCCUUAUUGAUGGAGCAGAAGACAAAAUCAUGUCAGAGUAUACUAACAACAGGCUUGACAAACACAUGUAUGCCAUGAUAGAAGCCUCCGGAAAACUAGUGCUGAUCCACAAACUCCUUCCAAAGUUGAAAAUAGGAGGCCACAAGGUGCUGGUGUUUUCACAGAUGGUCCGAUGCCUUGAUAUUCUAGAAGACUACCUAGUACACAUGAAGUACCCCUAUGAGAGGAUAGAUGGGCGUGUCAGGGGGAACUUGCGACAAGCUGCUAUUGAUAGAUUUUCAAAGCCAGAUUCAGACCGCUUUGUUUUCCUACUGUGCACUAGGGCAGGUGGCCUUGGUAUUAACCUUACCGCUGCUGAUACUGUCAUUAUCUUUGACUCCGAUUGGAACCCACAGAAUGAUCUUCAGGCCCAAGCAAGAUGUCACAGGAUUGGUCAAAACAAAUCGGUGAAGGUCUAUCGACUUAUAACAAGGAACUCUUAUGAGAGGGAGAUGUUUGACAGGGCAAGUCUGAAGCUUGGUCUAGAUAAGGCUGUAUUGCAGUCCAUGAACACUAAGGAAAAUGCUAGCAGCAAUGGCUCAAUGUCUAAGAAAGAGAUUGAAGACUUGUUGAAAAAAGGAGCAUAUGGUGCUAUCAUGGAAGAAGACAGUGAUGAUGGAGCUAAGUUUUGUGAGGAGGAUAUUGAUCAGAUCUUAGAAAGAAGAACUCAGAUCAUCCAGUUAGAAUCUGAAGGAAAGGGAUCUACUUUUGCAAAGGCAAGUUUUGUGUCAAACAGAGGAGAAGAAGACAUCGAUAUUGAUGAUCCAGAUUUCUGGCAAAAAUGGGCGAAGAAAGCUGAUCUAGACAUGGACUACAUUAACAACAAGGAUGAUCGCAUCAUUGAUAUGCCUCGUCAGCGCAAACAGACCAAACGUUAUGGCAAUGAAGAUGGUGACUUUGAGCUGUCUGACCUGGAGGAGGAAGAGGAAGUCAUUGUACCAAGAAGAGCAGCUUGGACCAGAGUGGAGUGCUUCAGAGUUGAAAAGAAUCUUCUCAUCUAUGGAUGGGGCAGAUUCAAGGAGAUUCUUCUCCAUGGCAGGUUCAAGAGUAAACUUGCUGAAAGAGACGUUGAAUGCAUUGCACGUUCCAUUUUGGUUUAUUGUCUACACCAUUACCAUGGUGAUGACAAAGUCAAAUCUUUCAUUCGAGACAUCGUCAAGACUUCUGUGUCAAGAGAUAAGAUCUCCAUUGAUGAUAGAGACAAGACCUAUUCACCUAUUUCUACACCGUCAAAGGGUAAAGGUCGAGGCAAGAAAGGAAAGAGCUCCAAGAAUGCAAAUAAGAGUGCCAUUGCUUUGAUAGAAAUUGGUGCAGACUGGAAGACUAUUGAUCCUGAGACAAUUAUCCUUGAUAAUGGCUACAAGAAGCAUUUACAACACCACUGCAAUAAGAUUCUCCUGAGGGUCAGACUACUUUACUACCUUAAGACAGAAGUCGUAGGUGCCCUUGUGCCAGUUAUCAGAGAGGGUUCAUGUAAUGCAAGUGACCUGGACAUUACGAUAUACAACCCAGAAGGUGAUCCUCCUGCUGAUUGGUGGGACAUAGAUUGCGACAAGUCACUCCUGGUUGGGGUAUUCAAACAUGGCUACGAGCGGUACAACCUGAUAAGAGCAGAUCCCACCCUUUGCUUCUUGUCCAAGGUUGGAUUAUCAAACAGCAAUGCUGAUCCUGCAGAGAAUGAUACUAUUGAUCAAGAUGAAAGGGAUGAGGAUGAUGCUAAUGAUGAUCCUGAUUAUCAUCAACCAUCCAACUCCAAAGAUGAUGAAGAGGAAGAAGAUGAUGAAGACAAGGAUACUGUAUCUGCUAUUUCAUCUCCUGCAACACCAAGAAAGGGAGAGAAAGCAACUGAAGGUUCAGAAAACAAUUCAACAGGACUUACGUGGCCAAGUGCCUCUGACUUGAACACCAGGCUAAGAAGACUUGUCAGUGGUUACCAAAGAGUUCAUAGAAGACAAGAACUGAAGAAGGCAGCUGCUGAGAAGGAGAGAGAAAGAAAAGAAAAGUUUGAAGAGGCUAUCAGGCAAAAAGAACAAAAGAAACUUGAAAUGGCACAAAAAUGGUCCAAAAGGGAAGAGGUAGACUUUUACAGGACUGUGUCAACGUUUGGUGUGGAAUACAACAAAGAAGAUGAUACUUAUGACUGGAAACAAUUCAGACGUUUGGCUCGUCUUGACAAGAAGACUGAUGAUCGCUUAACCGAGUAUUUCAAGGACUUUAUGGCUAUGUGUCGAAGAGUGUGUGGCAGACCAUUGGAAGAGGACAGUGAACGGAACACCAAUGUGGAACCCAUUUCAGAAGAGAGGGCCAGUAGAUGUCUGUUUAGGAUACAACUGUUGUCCAGGAUACGAGAAGAGGUACUUCCACAUGAAAACCUGGAAGAAYGGCUUAAGCUUGCUCAAACCUCUUCAGACUUUCCUGAUUGGUGGAUUCCAGGAGUGCAUGAUAUGGAUCUGAUGAAGGGAGUAGUAAAGCAUGGUCUGGUAAGAACAGAUUACCAUGUUCUCAAUGAUCCUGAACUCUGCUUUGCUGAAAUUCUCACCAAGAUAGCUACCCAAAAUAAAUCUGUUGACAAGACAUGGGACAACACAGAUCUGUCAUCGGCAGCAGCACUGCAGUCUUCUUUGCCAUCUAAUACUGAUAAUUCAGAAGAAUUAACAAAUAAAAGUAAUUUACCAAAUGUCUCUGACAUAUUCAAGCAAAAUUUGGAUGGCACAUCUUUAGAACCUUUAAUCAAGUCAAAUGUGACUGAAAAGGACAAUGAAACAACUUCUGAUUGGUCAGAAAGCAAGAAUUCAGUUGAUCAAUCAAUGAAUGAACAGCAGGAUGAUGAUAAAUCAGAGUGUCAGGAUGUUGAAAGUUCAGUACAGGAGUCUAUUUUGACAACGGUUAAUGCUAUAGGUGGUAUAGAUGAAGAUUCACAAAUGAGUGAGACUGUUGAAGGGCAAGGUACUGGGUUUGGAGAAAGCACAAUGAUAGCUGUGAAAUGGCCUAAGGAUCGUAUAGUCAUGCAGCGCCUUGACCAGCUCUGUGAUUGCGUAAUCAAGGGUGUCUGGCCAGUCAAACCCAAGCUAGAACCUGUCAUACCCAACCAGCUUGGAGUAGCCUCUCCGUCUGCAGCUCUAUCCAACAUGGUAGAUAUAGACAUGAUACACCCAGGGAUGAUACUAGAUGCUGCUGGCAAGGAUGACUCUUCCAAGGCUUUCCAGGUCCAGAGGGUUGAGGGUUUAAAACUUUCUCUCAAAAAACACAGAAGGAAAAGAAAAAAGGAUGGACUUUUAGUCAAAGAAGGUGAAACAGAUAGCAUAGGAAGUGAUGGCGAUCCAGCACCAGUCCAUCGAAAACCUAGAAAAUAUAAAAAAGAUGCCAGCUUCUGGUCUGAAAAUGCCAUAAACAUGGACUCAUCAGUCCCACUUGACCAGCAGUACCCUGCAGACCCUUUGCACACAGAGAAAACACCCAAAAAACGCAGAAAAAAGAAGGAGGAUAAAGGAGAAAAGCCUGAUAAACCACCGACAGUCAAAAAGAGGGGUCGAAAGCCCAAAACCGAUAAGCUCGGAUCUGCGGGCAGUCAAGUUAACUCUGGAGGUACCAAUCUAGGGGAAUACUUAGGUCAUGAUUGGCCAGGUGGUGGGACUUUGCCGUCAACGGCUGGUGAUAUGAAGGUCAAGUUACCUGGCUUGAGUGAUCAUCAGAUAUCUCCUGGGAACGGCAUUCCUAACCCUGUUAUGGGCAUACACAAAGAACAGUCACCCAUGCCUGUGCCAUCUAAAAAUGUCGACACCAGAAAUGAAGGAGCUAAGGAUAAUCGAGUUUUACUAUAUGGACAUCCCUCUAGUGAGCAACAGAGGUCAAACCCCACCACUCCCACUACUGCCAACCCUACCUUGUCCCAUCAGUUCUUCACUGGGGGUUAUAACAACGCAAACUACACUAAAACUUCUAAACAAGAAGAAAAUGACUCGUCAAGGUCAUCGUCACCUUCAAGCCCAUCACCAUCACCCAACUCUUUCAACUCACCUGGGUAUUCAUAUGAUCAGGUGCACCAAACUGGUGGAUAUCAACAAACAUAUGGUCCUUUUGGAGGGAUGUCUUAUCCAACCCCCUAUGGCAUGGGUGUGGCCCCUAACAAUCAAGUCAGUGCCAAGUCUCCACUGACAAGCCCAUCUUCGGUACCUUCACAUUUUAUGUUUGGAAAUGCUUACAACCCCAUGUACRGUGCUCAACCAGGCUAUGGAAGCUAUCCAUUUGUUGGGCUAAAUAACGGGUCUACUGGGGCAUCAGUUGGACUAGAUAAAGACCCUGGUUCACAGGGUGAAGAAAGCUCAUCCCCUGAAGCUAUCACUAAACCCUUUAGUACACCAGAAGUUAAUCUUGGCUCACUGAAUUGAAUGAGUGACGUGAAUGAAUGAAAGAAUGAACAAUUGAAUUAAUGAAUGAAAGAACAAUCUUUUUCCUAGGAGUGAAUUUUUUAAGCUCUUGUAUCAAAUUUAUUUUAAAUAUGGAACUGUACAUUGAUCAAUUCAUACUGUAUUUAUUUUGAUUUUUCAUAAAUAUAAUAUUUGAAAGUCUGUCAAAUUUAACGAUUGUCUAUAAUAGUCCUCCUUUGCUAUAACUURUCAAAUAUUCACCAAUAUCUUCAUUUUAUUAGUGCAAUUACCAAAGUGUGUAACAGAAGGCCACCUACAUCCUACUUUCUAGCACAAACCAUAGCACAGUAUUYGUUUUUCUGGCUUUUGAUAUAGUGGUGCUGUCGUAAGUAGGAGAGCAGGCUUUCUUUGGCAAACUGAAAAUUGAAUAUCUGUUAGGUUAUAUUGGCUAGGGCUUUAGCUUGGUGGAUUAAUCUGAGAUAGACAAUACAAUCACAAUUCUUAUGGUACAACCACAUGACUCAAAAUCCCUUGAGAUAUAAGUAAUAAUUAAACAGCUGUCAUGAUGGUUGAUCUAACAAAAGAAGCUAAUGAGGAAUCCUUUGUCGUUGUCAACCAACAUGGUGGCUGUCAUAACAGGUCUGUCAUAACAUGCACCCCAAGAAUUUCCAUUAUAAUGUUUUUGAGGAAGCCUGACUUCAUGAUAGGACAGAUAGUAGAGAUUGUUACACUGAUAUAAACAAAUUAUUGGGGAAAAACACUUGUUUAACUGUUGAAUAAUGAAUUUAUUUAAUGCCUUUUUGUGUUCACUCAGGUAAUUGUACCAAUUCUCUAAAAAAAACAUUAUUGCAACACAAGCAGCUAUCAAGUCAAUUUGAGUCAAUUUGAAGUUAAUGCAGCUGAUUAAUAAAUUUUGAAUUUUGAUCUUGUAAAUGUUUUCCUUUUUGGGUUGAGGCUUUCAGAUCAAUAUUAAUAUAUUUUGUUGUGUUUAAUUUUGUUGACUUGUAGCUACUUGAUAGCUUUUUGGAACAAGUUUCUUUAGGUCCAACUUGCUAAUGGCAGCUAAGACUUUGGCAUAAGCAUGUUGCUCUUGGCAGUUGUAAGGAAAAAUUGUACCACAUAAAUCAGCCUUUUUGGUCCUUCAAUGGAUCUAUCUGGAAUGCAUAUCAAGAGGUGUCUUAUCUUUUUACUCUUUUUCAAUCUAUGUUUGUCAUGUUCAUAAUAUAUUUGGUCGAUGAAAAGAGGAAAUGAUUUAUAUUUUCAUCCCCCCCCCCCACCCCCCUAAUUUUUUACAACAGUAAUCAUAAAUGCAAAGAAGCACCCCUACCCCCCUAACAAACCCCUUUCCUCUUUUCACCAUUUUUUAUUAAUAUUAUCUAAAAAUCCACGAGUUUUGAUAAUUUCUACUGCAUACGCAUUAUCCUAGAUAUUUGUUUGAAAAUCUAAAACUAUAGUACCAACACUAAACUCAAGAAAAAGUAGAAAUCAGUAGAAAAUGAAGGAUUUUUAAGCAUAAAUUUACAACUAUUCUAUUGCUUUUUCACAAGUUUACUGUUUGCACUCUUAAGAUUAAAUUCAGUUUAAUGUUUUCUAUGGUUAAAAUGUACUGAAUUCACUUUUCUACUGAUAAUUAUGGAAAACGUGUGUAGAAGGAUAGCUUUUGAAUCCACAAUUCUCUUGUAGUUGCAGUAUUUAACUAGAGUAAUGUAGAACCUUUGCAAACUGAAAUUCCCGAGUUCAGCUUUAACUUUUUAUGCUUUUUUUGCAAAAUGGAGACCCAAAAAUUCAAGUAAUGUAUAGGAGAAAAGACUAUUUUCAAGAAUAAUUCCACUGUUACUGCAAUUUCAAAACAUUUUCUACACACCUUUUGAAAAAUUCUUAGACAGUAUCUUAUUUUCUUCCAAAAAAAUAAGAGAUAAUAUAUAAAUAUAUAAACAUUUUUGACGUACUCGUGUAUCUAUUUAUUUUCUUURAAUGAAAAAGAAACUUUGCUACCAAUAAAAAUUCUGUGCCAUGGAACAUUUAUAUGCUACUGUGCCUAAAUAUGGGCGGAAACGUGCCGUGCGUGCGUACAUACUUGGAAUCUUUGGUUAUGAAUAUAUUUAUUGAUAACAUUCAUAACGAAAAUAUAUUAUUGCUGACUAUUCUAAUAAAUUGUGAAAAAAUGUUA